CGAAAACAACGAGUAACCGUCACUUCCGUUCAAAAAUUCGAAUGCCAAACAUAAACAAACAACGAAGAGAAAUGCUGCCGAUCAAAAGUGACAGUUUCAGCUUCAGACGCAACACGUCGGCGAAUUCAUCGAGUUCCAGCACUAGAAGUGCGGGCAUGGAGAAUUGCCGGAAGAAUUUACAGGACAAGUUCGACGGCGACGAUUCGAAAUCGAACGAUAGGAGCGUGUUGUCGGCCCUAUCGUUCAACGUGAACACCAGAAAGGUGCUCAGGAAUGGGGCGGAGAGGAUAUCGAAGACAUUCAACACGGUUCGCACCACUUUCGGAUCAAUUUCGCAGAAAUUCAAAAUUUCGACGAAGCGAAGGGAAAUCCUGGAAGAAGGACCGAUGACUCCGAAUUGCGCCACACCGGACACGUUAGCGAGGCAGAUAUUGGGCAGGACUCCAGUGAAAUUAUACAGCCCUUUUGGCUUUGACAGCCCUUACAACAGCACCACUUAUGACAAAGAGAACCAGCCAUUAAAUACAACCCCCAUGAAAUAUCGCAGAUAAAACAUUACUGUAUAAGUUUAUUACAGUAUUUAUUGUAUUGUUCACCCAUGAAAUUUUGUAGCUUGAUUUUAACAAGCUAUUUGUAAUAUUUAUUAAUUUUAUUAUCAUGCGUUUCGCCCACAUUCCUAUUUAUUUACCAUUAUUUCCCAUCACAUUUUUUUGUUGAGACUGAUUUAUUGUCUAUUAAUUCAAUAUUAUAUAAUUAUUUGAUAUUUAAA